GAAAAGAAAGCGUUGUUUGGAGUUGAACAAAGAGGUUACGGUGCUUAAUGCAACACUACCCGGUGCGGGUUUGGCCCCAGUCAUGACCUCCGGGAACGGGAACAACGCACCCUCGGUGAUAGGCAGCGUCCCACAAAACGGCAAGAGCAUCAGAAUACCCCCGCCUGUCGUGAAACCGCCGGUCCUCACCCAUCUCAUCGGGGGGUUCGUCAUACAAGAGGGCGCCGACCCGUUCCCGGUGGAGCACCCCUCAUUCUCCAUCGAUGCCCUGAGGAGAUGCAGGCGUCAGCCGGUAGCCCAGAGCCCCAGAAUCUCCACCAAGAUGGAGGAGUUCUCCUCCAAGGAGCUGAGGGGGCUGCAGGGGGGGCCAAUGCUCACCUGUGAGCUGUGUGGAAAGGUGGACUCUGCGCACAUCUUCAAGGGCUCCAAGAGGUUCUGCUCAAUGCUGUGUGCCAAGCGCUACAACAUGAGCUGCACCAAGCGCGUGGGCCUCUAUCCCCCCGGCAGACACACCCUGGAGAAUCUGAACAGAAGCCAAAGACAGAACGGAGAGCAGAAGAGGUUAGAGUCCAAACACAAAACGGAGGUGGGCUUCGAGCGGAAACCUCCGCCCGGCGCCUUCCCCUCGCCGCGCCGCGCCCGCAGGGCGACCCAGGGCUCGGCGUCGGAGCGCCGCUCGGUUGACGCGUUCAACGGGGGGCCGGCGUUGCCCAAGUCGCCCCCGGCAGCCGGCUCCCCCCCCUCCCCCCCCCCCCCAGCAGCUGAAGGAGUGGGGGGGGGGAGGCGGCGACGGCUACGACCUGCCUGCCUUCCCGCUGGUCCUCCUGCACGAGAUCCCGGCACGUGGGGCGUGGAGAAUGUGUACAGGUUCAUCAGCUCGCUGCCAGGGUGCUUGGAGAUCGGCGAAGAGUUCCGCUCGCAGGAGAUCGACGGGCAGGCCCUGCUGCUGCUGAAGGAGGACCACCUGAUGGGGGCCAUGAACAUCAAGCUGGGCCCUGCGCUGAAGAUCUACGCCCAGAUCUGCCUGCUGAAAGACUGCUAG